AACGUACGUAAGCAAACCACAUUGCAACAUCAUCAUUCUUCCAAUCAGAAAGUCCUUGCGAGAAGAUGACAAUUUCUUGGAUUGUUGUUAUAGUUGACAUUGGCUUACUGCUUUUUUUUUUUUCUGGUUAACUUAAAAUCACUUUUCAGGGUUUGAAAUGGCUGUGUCACUGUGGAGAAGUCGCACUGCUUCAUCAGCACUGAACUUGUUCGCCAAUACUCUUUGCCGUUUCUCUUCUGGUUGUGUAGCAGAAGCAACCAUAUCCACAACCACCAUCUCUCCCCGUUUUCCGUAUGCUUCAUCCUCUCCCAAACCCAAACACCCACAACACUUGCUCUCCCUUCUUCUCAGAGACCCUUCUCAACGCCAACCUCUCCAACAAGUCCACUCUCACAUCAUCACCUCUGGCCUCUUCUACAACCCUUUUCACAACACCCUCACUUGUUUACUCCUCUUCAACAACGUCAUCCGUUGUUACUCUUUUGGCCCUUAUCCCCACGAAGCUCUUCACUUCUUCACAUACACCCAACAUUGCCACACUUUCUUGACAUACCCUUCCCUGGACACCUUCUCUUUUGCCUUCCUCUGCCAUGCUUCUGCCAACCCAAAUUACACCCACUUUGGGACUCAGCUCCACGCCCUUGUUUUCAAGGUUGGUUUUCAGUUUCAUGUCUAUGUGAAAACUGGGCUGCUGCAAAUGUACUCAAGUUCGGGCCUUUUAGUUGAAGCAGCACAGGUGUUCUACGAAAUGCAGCACAGAAACUUAGUUAGUUGGAAUGUUUUUAUUACUGGUUUGAUUAAAUGGGGUGAGGUUGAACUUGCUUGUUCCGUGUUUAAUCAGAUGCCUGCUCGGAGUGUAGUGUCAUGGACUCUUGUUAUUGAUGGAUACACACGAAGGAAUCAACCCAUCAAAGCUUUAACUUUGUUUAGGAAAAUGAUUGAAGUUGAUGGCAUAGAACCUACUGAAGUUACUCUUUUGACCAUUUUUCCAGCUAUUGCAAAUAUCGGGUGUAUUAAGAUAUGCCAAUCAGUUCAUGUUUAUGUAGAGAAAAGAGGCUUCAAUGCCUUUGAUGUACGCAUUACAAAUGCAUUACUUGACUUGUAUGCCAAGUGUGGAUGCAUAGCUAGUAUGAGUAGAUUCUUUCAGGAGAUACCUGAUCAGAGGAGGAAUUUGGUAUCAUGGACUUCAACUAUCUCUGGUUUUGCAAUGAAUGGGAUGGGGAGGGAAGCUCUAGAGAGUUUUGAAAGCAUGGAGAAGACUGGGCUGAGGCCGAACCAUGUGACAUUCCUUGGUGUUUUGAGUGCCUGUAGUCAUGGCGGGCUGGUUGAGGAGGGGAUCAAUUUUUUUGUUAAAAUGGUAAAGGAUUGGUGCCUUGUACCAGACAUCAAGCAUUAUGGUUGUGUGAUAGAUAUGCUGGGGAGGGCUGGGAGGUUAGAAGAAGCUGAAAAGGUUGCUUUACAGGUACCUCAUGAGGUUGCCAAUGCUGUGAUGUGGAGGACGCUGCUGGGUGCUUGCAGUGUUCAUAACAAUGUUGAAAUUGGUCAGAGGGUGACCAAUAAAAUACUGGAGAUGGAGAGAGGACAUGGUGGGGAUUAUGUUCUUAUGUCCAAUAUUCUGGUUGGUGUUGGGAGAUUUAAGGACGCAGAGAGGUUAAGGGAGGUGAUAGAUAAGAGAAUUGCCUUUAAACUUCCUGGCUACAGUUUUGUCUAGAUGAAAACAGAUAGUUCAAGCGCAUGUUCAUGGUACCCGUGAGAGACAUUGGCUCUGAUAAUGGAGUUCCACAAAAGAGGAUUGUGCAGUCCCUCAAAAGGAGGGAUUGCAUCGAACACUUGGCCAGCGUCAGAGAGAAAGUCAAAGUGGGCCUAAACGGCUAUGAGCUUGGUGGCCAAGAAGAGCAAACUAUGCGCAGAGGUGAGAACCAAUUGAGAGUUAAGUUGGAGAGCUUGUUGGAGAGUGAGACAAUAUUGAAAAAAAGCGCUGAAGGAGUCAUUAAGUUCAUCAUUGUGGGUGACAUGUGGACGUGGGAGGUUGAACGAGAGAUGAUAAAACUGGGUUGGAAUCGUGAAGAGAGUUUGUAGAAGCGCUCAGGGGCUGCAUUGAGCAUUAAUGAAGCUUUUAUUACUCUCUCAGUCGUAGUGCUAGAGAUCAAAUACUUUGAAGGUGGGGUUUCAUGGGAAUCGGAAGAUGUAGGUGCAUGUUGGGGUGCUUUCUGGCCCAACUGCAGGGCCUAAUAAAUAUCCUUAAGAAGGUCCAAUCCAAACUUGCAGGUGUCAUGAAAUAGCUGAAGCAGAAUGGAAAGGAUGAGAUUAUGUAGAAUAAAAUUAGAACAAUUCGGAUACGCACCAAUAGUGUAGAGGGUUUUUGUACUGUCAUUACUUAUAAAUUUUUGUGUAUGAUAAGCUUGUUGAUUUUAAUAAUGAUUAUUUUAGAAGUGAUGCUAAAUUGAUUUAUUGGUUGAUAUUUUUAAACUGACAUUAUCACUUUAUAUUUGGCUGGAUUUGGUUGGAGGCCAUUUACGGUAGAUCCUAAGUUAUUUUUGUUUUUUUGCACUGGUUGGCCGUGUGUUUGUCUAAGUUGACAACCAAGAGAAAGUAAAUAUAAAAAUCUCUUCACAACUAAAAGAUUAAUCAAAGUGAUUACCGUAUGAAAGCUUCUCUGUUCCUGAUUUCCAACAAUAAGAUGGUUGAGUCAGGGAGGGAAGGUAUUAUUCUACAUACUAGAGCUUGAGAAAAAAAUGUUUAAUUUGUACCAUGUUUUAAGAUAUUUUGCACCAACUUAAUCUGCUAGCUUGAAGUGAUUUCAACAUAAUAUUUCAGGAAAAAGGCAAAGGUACAAAAGAGGUAAACCAUCUGAACUUCAGCUGAAUGCUAACAAAUCAACUUAGACUCCUUUGAAGUUCAUGCCAACCUUCAGGGAGUAAAAUGUGAAGCAGAAACCUUGCAUGACUUUAAAUCUAGUCUAGAAACUGUUGUUCAUCAUUUCAAAGGAAUUAAUUAUUUAGCUUUUAAAAAAUUCAAAAUAAUGUAAAUAAGUCGUUUGUUUACAUUCCCUAGGGAAGUCUCAAACUGGACAUAUCUUGUCAUCUGACAUUGGAAUUUGUUGAGUUAUUUGUCUCUCUCUCAGAAAUUUUCGAACUGUGCAUUGGAGGGGAUAUGUUGGACAGAUUGCUGGUCUAUAAAGGAACAAUGCAUGCAUUUGCAAUCACACAUGCCUUUCAUCAUCCCCCUCAUGCUUAUUGUGCUUUCUUAUAUCAGAAUGGCUACCGUGUUUGAUCAGCCCCGAGAUGUUCAUUCUGGUAAGCAGUCUUGGAAUUUUAAGGCGAGUGUAAUUCAAUCUCGGCACAUGUUUCCUCUAAAUGAUCCAAAGAAGUAUUAUGCCUUUGAGAUUGUUCUUCUCGACUCACAUGGAUAAAAAAUACAGGGCCCAUGCUGAGGAAAUUUAACCGAUGUGUAGACAAAGGAUGUUUCUGUAAGAUGAGUUUUUUCGGAGUUAUACCCAAUGCGGGUUCCUACAUGGCUACGAAGCACUAUUACAUAUUGUUGUUUCAUGGCAAAACUACAGGACUACCAGCAGAAUUGUGUUUUUUUGCUUAAUAUUUAGUAUAAAAGCUGCUUUUGUAAAA